UUCCACUCAGAGCUGGAGAUUUCCUGUCCAUAAUUUGAAUUUUUAUCCACUUCGUACCUUUCCCCCUUACCAAGGAAGUAGGAACCCCGUUUAGGGCGCGCGGCUCUCUUUUCUUUUCUUCCUUCUGUUUUCUCUUCCCCCCCUCGUUGCGGGUUUGUGGUUUUUGAUUGUUUUGGCCAUCUGGGUACCUUUUAAUCGUAUCGAAGUUUUGAGCUUUUGACGCUGGCUUGAUGGUUUACGGUUCUUGAGUGGUGGGUUUUUGAUUGGUUGAGUUCGGCAAUGGCUCGGUUGUUGAUGAUUCCUCCUUGCAAAAAUUCGUGUUUUCCGAAGACCAGUCUCUUGAGUUUGUUCUCCUCGGCUCCUGUGAUUACUCGUAACCCAGUUUCUUGUUCGUUUAAUUACUCACUGCUUUGAUUUAUACAAACCGGAAUUUGUUCAUGAGAUGGUUCACUUUUAAAUAUCCUUUUCAUCGUUGUUUUGUUGAUUGUGUUUCGACGACGAUUCUUAUCAUAUGGUAGAUUUCGCUUCUUGACUGUGAUUCUUAUGGCUGUUUUCGUUUUGUUCGUUUGCAGCUCCAGGCUACAAGCCGAGCUAGUUGUUUAAGCACUUCUUUGAGAAGUGCAUCUAGUCACAGGCAGCUUCUUCGUUCUGUGGUCUCAUUUCAAAGAAAUUAUAAGUUUUCGCAUCCCGGAUUAUAUAGUGCUACACAACACAGUCGGAGGCUAAUUUGUUCAGUUGCUACAGAACCAAUACUCCAGCAGACCAGAGAGGCCAAAAUGGAUGCACCGAAAGAAAUCUUUCUGAAGGAUUAUAAGUUACCUGAUUAUUACUUUGAGACGGUUGAUUUGGGCUUUGCUCUUGGCGAGGAGAAAACACUUGUUAACUCAAAAAUAACCGUGUCCCCAAGAGUUGAAGGUUCCUCGUCCCCGCUGGUUUUGGAUGGGCAUGAUUUGAAGCUGCUCUCUAUUAAAAUCAAUGGGAACGGACUGAAGGAUGCAGAUUUUCAAGUGGAUUCCCGCCACUUGACUAUCCUGUCACCUCCAAGCGGGGCAUUCACUUUGGAAAUCAUCACUGAGAUAUAUCCUCAGAAGAACACUUCACUAGAUGGACUUUACAAAUCAACUGGGAACUUCUGCACUCAAUGUGAAGCAGAGGGUUUCCGGAAAAUCACAUUUUUCCAGGAUCGUCCAGAUAUAAUGGCCAAGUACACAUGCCGAAUUGAAGCUGAUAAGUCGCUGUACCCAGUGUUGCUGUCUAAUGGAAAUCUUUUAGAACAAGGAGAACUUGAUGGUGGUAAGCAUUAUGCUCUUUGGGAAGACCCCUUCAAGAAACCAUGUUACUUGUUCGCUUUAGUCGCUGGACAGCUGGAGAGCAGAGAUGACACUUUUGUCACCCGAUCUGGUCGGAAUGUGCAGCUCAGAAUCUGGACCCCUGCAGAAGACUUGUCCAAGACUGCACAUGCUAUGUAUUCGCUUAAGGCUGCAAUGAAAUGGGAUGAAGAUGUUUUCGGUCUUGAGUAUGACCUGGACCUCUUCAAUAUUGUUGCUGUCCCUGACUUCAACAUGGGGGCUAUGGAGAAUAAGAGUUUGAAUAUAUUCAAUUCCAAGCUUGUCCUGGCGUCUCCCGAGACUGCCACAGAUGCAGAUUAUGCUGCUAUUUUGGGUGUUAUUGGUCAUGAGUAUUUCCAUAACUGGACAGGCAACAGGGUGACUUGUCGAGACUGGUUCCAGCUCAGUUUAAAGGAAGGUCUUACUGUAUUCAGAGACCAGGAAUUUUCAUCUGACCUGGGAAGUCGUCCUGUGAAGAGGAUUGCUGAUGUUUCUAAACUUCGCAAUUAUCAGUUCCCACAGGAUGCUGGUCCCAUGGCGCAUCCUGUUAGGCCUCAUUCUUACAUAAAGAUGGACAAUUUCUAUACAGUGCAGGUGUAUGAAAAGGGUGCUGAAGUUGUCCGGAUGUACAAAACCUUGCUGGGAACCCAGGGGUUCAGAAAGGGCAUGGAUCUUUACUUUAAGAGGCAUGAUGGUCAAGCUGUAACCUGCGAAGAUUUCUUUGCUGCCAUGAGGGAUGCAAAUGGUGCUGAUUUUGCAAACUUCUUGUCAUGGUAUUCCCAAGCUGGUACGCCAACCGUGAAUGUUGCUUCAAGCUAUAAUGCAGAAGCCAAGACUUUCUCUUUGAAGUUCAGUCAGGAGGUGCCACCUACUCCUGGACAGCCAAUCAAAGAACCUAUGUUCAUUCCUGUGGCAUUAGGCUUGCUGGACUCGAGCGGGAAGGACUUGCCUCUUACUUCUUUCUUUCACGAUGGAAUGUUGCAGUCAAUUUCAAGCAAUGGCGAACCAGUCUACAGUACUGUGCUUAGGGUGACCAAGAAAGAAGAGGAAUUUAUUUUCUCCGACAUAACCGAAAAACCAGUUCCUUCUCUGUUUCGGGGUUAUAGUGCUCCUAUCCGUCUUGAAGCCGAUCUUUCAGAAGCUGAUUUGUUCUUCCUCCUUGCUCAUGAUUCAGAUGAAUUCAACCGGUGGGAGGCUGGGCAACUCUUGGCCAGGAACCUGAUGCUAACCCUAGUGGCUGAUUUCCAACAAAAUAAGCCAUUGGUUUUGAAUCCAAAGUUUGUUCAAGGGCUGAAAAGCAUUCUUACUGACUCGUCUUUGGAUAAAGAAUUUAUUGCUAAGGCAAUUACUCUGCCUGGUGAAGGUGAAAUAAUGGACAUGAUGAAAAUUGCAGACCCUGAUGCUGUUCAUGCAGUCCGCUCCUUCAUCAGGAAGCAGCUUGCUGCUGAACUGAGAGCCGAACUUCUGAACACUGUCAAGAACAACAGCAGUUCUGAAGCAUAUGAGUUUAACCACCCAAACAUGGCCAGGAGGGCACUGAAGAACAUUGCUCUCGCAUAUCUGGCUUCACUUCAAGAUGAGGAGUCAGCUGCGCUUGCACUCAAUGAAUACAAGUCUGCCACAAAUAUGACAGACCAGUUUGCAGCUUUGGCAGCCAUAGCUCAGAACCCUGGUAAAACUCGGGAUGAAGUGUUGGCUGACUUCUACAGCAAGUGGCAAGAUAACUUCUUGGUUGUGAAUAAAUGGUUCUCCCUUCAAGCCUGGGCAGAUAUUCCUGGGAAUGUGGAGAACGUUCGGAAUCUCCUGAAUCAUCCAGCAUUCGAUUUACGUAAUCCAAACAAGGUAUAUGCUUUGAUUGGAGGAUUUGCUGGGUCCCCAGUCAACUUCCAUGCUAAGGAUGGUUCAGGCUACAAGUUCUUGGGUGAGAUGGUGGUCCAACUCGACAAAAUCAACCCUCAGGUGGCUUCCCGCAUGGUUUCGGCCUUCUCGAGAUGGAGGCGAUACGAUGAGACAAGGCAGAACCUUGCCAAGGCGCAGUUGGAGAUGAUAGUGUCUGCCAAUGGACUGUCGGAGAAUGUCUUCGAGAUUGCUUCUAAAAGUUUGGCUGUCUGAACUUUUUGACGACGCAGACCAAAUUCCACGGAGAUGUUAGAGUUUAAAGAACAAUUAGUUUCGUUUGGGAGAUGGUGAUUCUACUUUGAAUUUUAUGCAAGACAAAAGUUUGGUCAUGAAUUUGGUUUCUGAAGUAAUAAUGAUGAAGUAAUAAUAGUAGUUAAGCUAUCUUUGGGUUUUCAUUGGACCGUCGAGGUUGUUGGCCCGUUUCUGUUGAUGGGGCCUUGGGCUUUUUAAUUAUCUGUGUCCCACCUUACCUCCUUUAUCUUUGUAUGAUACUAUGAGGUAAUCCUCCAGUGGGUUCGGUGGGCCCACCUUGACCCACAGUCCUUAUCUCGUCAAAAGUUAAAAACUAUCAAAUUCGAGCUAAAUGUCGAUGGAUAACACUCUAUUGUAUGGAUUUCACCGUAUAACUUUAUUUUUC